AUGCAUUUAAUGUUUACUUUGGGCCCAGAUGGCAAAAGAAUUUAUACCUUAAAGAAGGCCACUGAAGACGGUGAAAUCACUAAGCCCGCUCAUCCUGCCAGGUUCUCUCCAGACGACAAAUAUUCGAGACAAAGAGUCACCUUGAAGAAAAGAUUCAACAUGCUUCCAACCCAAUAA